CCGAUCAGGAGAUCGUUGGCUAAAGCCUAUAAUUGUCUCCUGAUGGGCUCAUUUGCUUCGCGAUGAGCCAAAGCGUGGUGGUCCCUACCCGCUUGCAAGCGGGACUAAGCUUUGGCCACAUCCACAUUAGUGGUCCAUGCCCGCUUGCAUUGAACUAAGCUUUGGCCACAUCCACAUUAGUGAUCCAGUGUCCCUAGUGGCGCAGAAUAUAUCCGAGCUCUAUUUAACGUCCGGUUUCUUCAGGACCAUAGCUCACAUAUCAUCAUAACGCCACCCACACUCACCAAUGGCUCUCAAACACCUGCUUGCUCGCAUCUUCAAGCGAUUCAAAAAGUCUGGAUCUGCCUCUGCGCUGGACGUCGCUACUGCUGCAACGCCUGCUCCUGCACCACAUGUCUCAUCUCUGUGUGUUGCUCCCCUAACUGAACGGUCUCCGGCUACCCAAGCAAUUUUUCCUGUUAAUGUGAACCUCCGAUUUCACGUAGUGUUGUCCCCCACUGCCGAUGGCGCCCAUAUGUCGAUCCAACAAAGUCAAGUGUUACCUACUCUUGGCACAAGUUGUGAAGGAAGUGCGCACACCGCCCAGGGACCUGCACCGUUUCUCGAGACUUCUACAUUAAAUUCUCCGGUUGUCUUUAACAUUGAAACAACCGCUACGCAGCCGACGGAGAGAGUCGAUACGAUUCCUGAUUUCGUUCUUCCUUCCGUCCGAGGACUAAAUCUCUUUGGACUCGGCACGACGUGCCUUCAAGAUGAACAACAUCCCUCGAACAUGGCUGCCUUAACUCGACCUGCCUCCCUGACGGACACCGCUCGAGACAGCGAUAUACAGUGCAUAGCACCAGUUGAGGUCCAACCUCGCACAGCGCUUGUGACACCUCAUUCUCCACUUUCCGAAUUUGCCGUCGCGACACCAGGUGUGGCUCGGACCAUGCAGACCAUCGAGAGCAAGGACAUCGAGACGCCUCAAAAAUGCGCCGGCGCAAGACCACUAAUUCAAAUUGCAGGACCUUCUGUUGGACCUACUGCUGAAGCUGUCGUACCGUCCAUGGCGCCUACUAUCCCCGACGAACCUUCCUCCCAGAAAGCACGCCUGGGCCUACAGCGAUAUGAUUUUGUGUUUCCACAUUUUCCCCUUAGCCAAUUGCUAUCGCCUGCCGCUCACGCUUCCUCCCACAAAUCACGCCUAGACCCACAGCUAUACGAUUCUUUAAUUCCACAGCGUGAACGUGACCGAUCACCACCGCCUGCCCCCCAUGAGCCACCGCGGUGCCCACCAGGUCUAAAGCUUCCCGCAGAUAGGAAGCCGGGAGUCCAAGCUGGGCACUUACGUUCUGCACGUUCUGUACACCCUACACAGCAGGGACCUCCCUUCGAAUUACGACAGGAUAUUCCAAAGCGGAUUCUCGACAACGACGCAUCGCCACGACCUCCGCGAGGCAAUACCGCGCUAAAUCACGCCGGUAUGUUACCGGCUCUUGAAUCCAGUGUCUCGAAUUUUCAGCUGUAUAAUUGCCCGCCGACACCUGAGGUAACACAGGCCAGUACUAUCGUUGAAAGGAUCUCGAACAAUGGGAAUCUUGCCUAUUCCAUUCAGGCAGGCGGUCACAAGUACGUCGCCACGGCACAGGUCGGCAGUGGUGGAUUCGGUUAUGUCUGGUACGCUAUCAAGGACCAGAAAGAGGAGGUCGCCAUCAAGGUCAUCGACAAGGCUGGACUACUUGCGCAAUUUGUUUACUGCGCCAAGGACAAACGGCCGACCAUGCAGCAACUGCUUGAAGGCUCUCAAGCAGCAGCGGCGGCUAUCAGCUCUGAAUAUGAAGCAUUCAAGCGUGUCACCGAAGAGCGAUCCCCAUUUCUGACUCCUUUGUUGCAUGCCUUCGAGGACGAGGAUAAUUUCUACUUCGUAAUGAGGUUCUACCCGCAGACUCUUCGCACUAGGGCAAAAUUUGGAUUCAUGCAUUGGCAAUUGCGUCUUGUUGCUGCUGAGCUUCUUCUCGCCCUCCAGCAUCUUCACAAACUGCGUGUCGUACAUUUGGACUUGAAGAUGGAAAACGUGCUCGUAACUCCGUCCGGCCACGUAUGCAUUGCAGAUUUUGGCAAUGCUGAAGUCCUGGACCGCAAAUUGACUUAUCAGCAAUUCCACAACGAGCGUAUGUACGGUGCAUCGGGUACCGACGGUUACCUUCCUCCAGAGCGAGUCAAGGGAGAUCAGGGAUAUAACUUCAAGACGGACACCUGGACCUAUGGUUCCAUUUUACUGGAGCUUUUGCUGAUAAAUGGCGGGCACUGGUACUCUAUAUAUCAUUUCAGUGAUGGAACACAUAAAUUUGGCAACGACCACAAGAUACCAGCGGGUUACAAUGGAGAACGCCGACUGGCUUUCAUAAGACCGAACGAUGAAAUAGAUCUCAUCCAAGAUAAGGACGCCAAGGAUCUUCUUUAUUCUAUUUUCUUCCCCCAACACCAUGCCAUGAGACCUGAUUCGGAGUCAAUUCGCAGUCAUCCAUUUUUCGCGUGCGUUGACUGGAUGAAGUUAGAGAAUCGGGGAUACGAUCCCAUGUUCAAAGCUUGCUUGGGCAACGCACCACUCCAAUCUGUAGACUCUGGAAAGAUUGCCAUUGAAUGCUCUCAUCCUCGGCUCCCAGAAUUCAAGAAAGCUGUGCUCGAGCAGGGCAACAAUAAUUUUGCUUUCGGGCGAAUGUACGUGGACUAUAAGUGCCCGACCGAAUUGGCGCAUGAUGCUAUGCAUGGAGCCACUUGCAGGGCUCCAGGGACUAAAGUGCCUCGGAGGCAUGUUUGUCAAUGUGACUUGCCUGCCGACUGGAACAAGGGUUGACAUUAAUAUUCACCGGUUUACCACGAAGCAUCCGAGCAUGACCCCUUAAAAAUUUGUAUAUUCCAGUUAUUUAUGAUCGUUACACUUGUAAUGCUAUACAUACUCACGAACGUCAAUUGAUGUGCACUUGAAUUGAAUUGAACGCGUAGGGGUCGCUGACAUAAUU